CGCUUUUUAUUCGUGUUCGCUCUUUGUUCGGUUCUGUUCAACGUUGUGAAAAAUUGAGUGAAAAAAUGGAAAAAAUGGAGGAAAAUGUGAUGGAAACCGGUGAAAUGGCUGUCCAGGAGACUCCUUCGGCUCCACCCGAGAAAACGGAGAGGGAAUUGCGAAUGGAACAACUCCGUUUGGAAAAAGCCGAGGAAGUCGCUGUGUACAAUGAAAAUGUUAACCGGAACAUGGAAAAUCGUCUGGAGUACCUCCUCCAACGGACGCAAAUCUAUGACCAUUUUAUUAGCAACAAUAGGAGGCGCGAAGAAAUGGUUCAAAGGGCACGAGCAAACAAGUCUAGUGAAUCAAAGACAAUCUUUCGUUUUUCGAAAACUCCUGAUUUUAUAAAAAAUGGGGACAUGCGCGACUAUCAGGUGGAGGGGCUUAAUUGGAUGAUUUCAUUGUACGAAAAUGGCAUCAGUGGGAUUCUGGCUGAUGAGAUGGGGCUGGGGAAGACGCUGCAGACAAUCUCGUUCCUUGGUUACCUCAAGCACACGAAGAAAUUGUCAGGACGCCUCAAGUAUCUUGUGAUGGUGCCCACAACAACCAUACAGAAUUGGUUGAAUGAAUUUGAGCGCUGGUGUCCAACUCUUAAGGUAGUGGACCUCCAGGGUGAGAAGAAUGAACGAAAGGCACGCAUACAAGAUGAGAUUUUGCCAAAGAAUUGGGAUGUUCUCCUCACAUCCUAUCAGAUGUCCUACAUUGAGAUAGGUCUCCUGAAGAAGUUUAAAUACCACACUGUCAUCCUCGAUGAGGGACACAGGAUUAAGAAUGAGAACUCCCUCACAGCUCGCAAGCUGAGAGAGUUGGAGAGUAAUCACAGAAUGAUACUCACGGGAACACCAAUACAUAAUUCUGUCCAUGAACUCUGGGCCCUCAUGAACUGGCUCCUUCCGGAUAUUUUCAACAGUGGCGAUGAUUUUGACCGUUGGUUCCAGAAUAUGGAGUGCAUCAACAAUGAGACCGUCAUUGAGCGCCUCAAGACCAUCAUUAGGCCUUUUGUGCUGCGUCGCAUUAAGUCGGAUGUGGAGAAGUCAAUUAAACCAAAGUGUGAGCUCAAAGUCUACGUGGGGAUGACAAAAUUGCAGCGGGAGUGGUACCAAAAGGUUCUCCUUAAAGAAGUCACCCAAAUGGACGGAUAUGGGAAUUUUAACAAAGUAAAGCUUGACAAUCUCCUGAUGCAUCUGCGCAAGGUGGCAAAUCAUCCGUACCUAUUUGAUGGUGCAGAAGAAGGUCCUCCUUUUACGGCAGGAGAGCAUUUGGUUACAAACAGCGGCAAAAUGGUGAUUAUGGAUAAAUUGCUGGCACGUCUUAAGGCAGAAGGAUCGCGUGUACUGAUCUUUUCACAGAUGGUACGGAUGUUGAACAUUAUUGAAGAUUAUUGCAACUAUCGCGGUUACACCUACUGUCGCAUCGAUGGAGCAUUGGUUGGUGACGCCAGAAAUGAAGAAAUUGAGAAAUUCAACAAACCCGGCAGCGACAAGUUCCUCUUCCUGCUGUCCACACGUGCUGGUGGACUGGGUAUUAAUCUUGCCACUGCAGACAGUGUCAUCAUCUACGAUAGCGACUUCAAUCCCCAAAUGGAUUUGCAGGCAAUGGAUCGUGCCCAUCGAAUUGGCCAGACCAAGCAGGUGCACGUGUACAAGUUGAUUCUUGAGAAUUCCGUUGAUGAUCGCAUUGUGGAGGCAGCAGAUAUGAAAUUUACUCUUGAUCAGAAACUCAUAAAGGGUGCCCCAUCGCUUACACGUGCUGGCUUGGUGAAGAAGAUUCUCACAAAGGAAAUGGGUCAAGUACUCGAGGAGGCGCACACAAUGAUGGCAGAUGAGGAUUUGGAUACGAUUCUCGCGAGAUGUGAGGAGCGCCAAAAGAAGGAGUUGGAAGAGAAAUCCGAUCAGAUGGUGCUGCAGCACAAGUAUGAGAGUAUUUACAAAUUCGAUGGGGAAGAUUUUAAGGAGAAGCGCGAAAAGAUAACGGAGAAAGUGAGGCUGGAGGCACCGGAUGUUCCACGAUGGAGUCGAAAGGGACGCAAACGAUCCAGUUAUGCAUCCAAACUGUCUCAUCUACCCUACUACAUACAAACUUAUGAGCCCCAUUGGUUCUUUCCCAAAGCCCUCCAGAGGUACACUGAGAGGGAGAAGCUUCUCUUCAUGCAAGUCAUGGGGCAUCAGACUGAUGAUUACGAGAUGGAACACAAGAUUGCACAGGCACAACCGUUGACUGUUUCAGAGCGUGAGCACUACGAUUCCCUCCUUGCUGCUUCUUUCAAGCAUUGGACAAAGGAACAUUUUGAUAAAUUUAUCACGGCUUGUGCAGAACAUGGGCGAAAUAAUAUUAAGAAAAUUUCAACGUCCGUAAGUGGGAUGCAUCCGACGGAAGUACAGCUGUACUGGGAGGCAUUCUGGAAGAACUACAAGCAGUUGCCGGACUAUGAGAAGUACAUCAGGCGUAUUGAAUUUGGGGAAGCCUUGUUGGCUACUCGAAAUGUUAAGAAGCAGCACCCAUCUAAUGGGAUUGACCUCUCCGGUGCUCUCAGUGGCCCAAGUUGCUCCAACAGUGCCCCCAGUGGUACAAGUGGCACUACUGAUUCCAACAGUGGUCCCAGUGGUCUCAGCGCAAUACAGAACUCACCAAAUGGUACACUGAAGCAACCAUUUGAUCAAAAACUCAACACGAUUCCAAAUUCUUUCCAUGGAGGCCCUCUACAGAUUGGGCAGAAGCGUCCACAUGAAAGCGUCAAUGUAGCUGAUGCCAGCUCUCCAAAACAGAGGAAAAUCUACAUUUUGCAGCCAACAGAAAUCAAUAAGAAUGUUAUUUCGAUCAAACAAGCACAAAUUGUUACUCUUCCCGUCAACUGUGCACCGGAUGUUCAGCAGAACCCUCAAAUGCAGCCUAUGGGGCAGACAAGUGGCAAUAUUGGGGCGAAUUCAAGCCCACAUUCAGCUUGGGCAUAUCAAGUCAUCAAAACAGGACAGAAGCGUCCACAAGAUGAAAAUGUUGUUCCCAUCGGUGAGGUGAGUCCAACAAAGAAAUCUCAUCCAUUUACACCUUAGGGUUCCAACUAACAAGAAGAAAUUUCCCAGAUUAUCCCGUGAAGGGCUUCAACAUUAAAAUUUCAGUUGUCUUUUUUUCUUUUAUUAUGAAGUAUUUUUUUAUAUUCCUUCCUUUGAAGUUAAUAAAUGUUUUCUUUUCAUUAAAAAA